AUGCCUUCUCGAAUUCUUCUCACUGGUGCUACCGGGCUGGUUGGUUUCCGCAUUCUUCAAGAGCUUUUAAAGAAUGACUACGAAGUCCGGAUUACCGUACGGUCGGAGGAAAAAGCUCAGAUAGUCUUUUCCAACCCGGUUAUUCAAAAACUUCAACCUGGCGAUCGACUUACCUACAUUGUUGUUCCGGAUAGCGUUGCGGGUCAUGCCUUUGAUGCUGCCCUGCAAGAUGUCAGCUACGUGAUCCAUGCGGGAGGUCCUAUCCCUGUACCUGGUUUUGAUCCUCUCGCCCACGUAUGGAAGCCUACAGUAGAGGGUACAGCGAACCUCCUAUCAUCAGCGCUUAAAUUCUCCGGGAUCAAACGGGUGCUGAUUACCUCUUCGAUUCUCGCGAAUAUGGCUCCGAUGCCCGACCCAUCCGUUACAGUCACUGCCAACUCUCGCGUGCAACUGCCUGGGAUUCCUGAAAUCUUCUCCGAUGUGUUUGAGGCCUAUCUUCUUGCCAAAAUCACGGAGAUCAACUAUGUGGAUUCGUUCGUGCAGGAUCGGAACCCCCAUUUUUCGGUCGCCAAUGUAUUCCCGGGCUAUGUCUACGGGCGCGAUGAGUUGGUGUUGAAUUCAAAUUCUGCGAUAACUAAGGCUAGCUCAUCUGGUCUCUUGUUGCGCGGUUUGACUGGUACUGAUUGCCCGGCCCCAAUCCACGGAGGCUAUGUUCAUAUCGAUGACUUAGCCCAAGUGUAUGUGAAAGUGUUGGAACUACAGACCAAUGCCGGCAUCCCCCACAAUUUCGGUGCCUGUACUCUGGUCAACGACGAUGAAGCCUGGAGCUUAGCUCUGGCAAAUUUCCCUAAAGAAGCCUCGGAGGGCUUACUCAAGCAAGGUGCUUUGCCAACACUGCCCAUUUCAUAUGACUCAAGUGAGACGGAGAAGUGUCUGGAUAUGAAGUUCCGCCCCUUCGAAGAUGCCGUUAAGGACGUCAUACAGCAAUACUUGGAUGGGCUUCACAACGAGGAGCAGUAG